AUGGUAUCUCAUGCUCAUCACAACCUCACAUAUACUCAUUCUGUUCUAGAUGGCUCGCGCAGUCCAUCAACAUCGCCUCCCCCAGAGCCACCGCCAGAAAGGUCCGUCUUACUACCCUUCCAAACUAAAUCACUAGCUGACCACACCCCCAGAUUCAUGAGACCAGGUCUCCACCACGAUGAUCGCUAUCGCAUGGUUGAAGACGAAUUCCUCAACAUGGCUCAUCAAUUCACCGUUCAUCUUCAUCGCGCAGAAUAUGACCGCUUAAAGAACCUGGCUAAGCACCAGAACGCGGAUACUAUUCGUGAGAUAGAGCGUCCCAUCGUUGGCCUGCCUACUCUCUUUGCGCGGCAACGUCAGGAGAGCACGCGCCGUGUAUCCAAGCAGCGCAAACUUCUCGCUGACUCUUCCAACGAAAAAGACACGUCUUUUGCCGGGUCAAGCUUACAGGGUCUCAUGGAAAGUCCAAGGAAGGAGCACAAGUGGAUAUCAGCAGGUCUAGCCGAUGCGGCCAAAACAAGAGCUUCUGCUGGGUUUGGUUCACAAAAGAUCACUCCGGUAAGGAUGAGACAGAUCACGAAGCCUGUAUCAGGGAAGAAAAGGCAAUUUCCCCUGGCAAAUGACGAUGAGACGGACGACGGAGAUAAUUUGGACCUUGCCACGCCUUCACGCAAGCCUGUAACGAAAGCAGCACGUUCAUCCCACACUUCGAGUCCAGUUGUGUCGCACUCAGCACCACGGCCAGCGUUUAGUACACCCCGAACGAGCACGACUAUGAACAAAACCUCACAAUCAGGUUCCAACAUCAGGCGGCCAACGACGGUACCAGGAGAUAGCACGCGUGGUACAAUUAAGCGCAACAAUAUUCACGAAGACAUAGACGAUGAUGACAUUUUUGGAAUCACGAAACGAAUGUCUGACCGCCGUAAAUCAAGAGGGUUAGGCCGCAGAACAGAAGACAAAACGCCCGCCAAACACUCGCUUGACGAGAUUCCCUCAUUCAUAUAA